GCAGAUGUCUCUUCAUGCUUUUCAAAAUCAUAUACAAAUCAUGGAGCUUGUUGAUACUCCAUCACUCAAGGCUUUCGAAGACGUGGUUGUUGAUCGUCAGGUUGCAGGCUUCGAUCCUAGCUUUUGGGGUGACUAUUUUAUUACAAAUCAGAAAUCACAGUCUGAGGCAUGGAUGAAUGAAAGAGCUGAAGAGCUCAAGAACGAAGUAAGGAGUAUGUUCCAAAACGUGACUGGCAUCCUACAAACCAUGAAUCUAAUUGAUACAAUUCAACUUCUUGGACUUGAUUACCAUUUCAUGGAGGCAAUAGCCAAAGCUUUAGACCAUCUCAAGGAUGUUGACAUGAGCAAAUACGGGCUCUAUGAGGUUGCUCUUCAUUUUCGACUGCUUAGACAAAAAGGAUUCAACAUUUCUUCAGAUUUGGGACUAACGAUCUUCUUGCAGAGCAAAGAGCAACCUAAAGCUGAUGAACAGGUCCGAGGCGCCCAUGAGCUUGAGGCACCUCGUGCAAAGGCGGCCGAACACCAUUGA